ACAAAAGAUUAUAUAAUGGUUUUGGAUUAUGCAGAAAAAGGAAAUUUGCGAAAUUAUUUAAGCACAGAUUAUAAUAAAUUAGAUUGGAAUGCUAUUUUGCGUAUUUUAUUGGAUGUUGCAUCUGGGCUUGAUUUGAUUCAUGAGAAGGAAUUAAUUCAUCGAGAUUUACAUGUUGGUAAUAUAUUAAUGUCUUCCGAUUAUGCUAUGAUAACUGAUUUUGGAUUAUGUAAGCCCGCGGAUAAUGUAUCAGAAAAUAAAAAAAAUCAUAUAUAUGGUGUUUUGCCUUAUAUUGCUCCUGAAAUUUUAAGAGGACAGAAUUAUACCAAAGCUGCUGAUAUUUACAGUUUUGGUAUAAUUAUGUAUGAAGCAAUUUCUGGAUUACCUCCAUAUCAUGAUUUAAGCAAUGAUGAAAAUUUGGCAAUAAAAAUUUGCCAAGGACUUAGACCAAGAUUUAAAAUUAAAGUACCACAAUUAAUUGUACAUCUAGUUAAGAAAUGCUUAGAUGAAAAUCCAUCAAAUCGACCAACAUCAGAAGAAAUUAAAAAUAUUUUAUACAUAUGGUGUCAUGAUUUUAACAAUCAAACAGAAUUAAAAAAGCAAAUUGAAGAAGCAGAAGAAAUUAACUAUAAAUAUUCAGCUGAGAGUAUUUCUCCAAUUAAUUUAGGCUUAUUAUCUUAUAAAAGUAAUAAAACACGUUCAGAAGCUAUUUAUACAAGUAGAUUAAUUAAUUUUAAUAAACUUCCUGAACCAAAGAAUUCUGACGAUUAUUAUGAACAUUACGAUAACAUAGUUAGCGAGAAAAUUUCAGAUUCUCAAUUGGGAAUGGUAAGAGAUAGACCAAAAACUUCUAAUGAUUAUUAUAAACAAAAUAACAUUAUAAUGAGCCAGAAAUUUUCAGUUAAGUAUGAUCAUAGUAAACCAAAUAGUAUUUUAUUAAAGAGUAGUAUUAUUAAAAAAAUUAUCGAUCAUGAAACAGAAGAAGUAGUUCAAGUUCAAGUAACAGAUAAAGUAGCAAAGAUUCAAAGAAAAUCAACAAUCAUAAAAAAUAAUCAACAAGAUGAAUCAGUAAAAACCUUAUCUAACCAAUUAAAAGAUAAUGAUGAUACUACUAAUAAGCUUAAACAAAAUGAAAAGAAAAUUGAGGUAUUACGAAAUAAGUUAGAUGAAGAAACCAAAAAAUAUCAAGAUUCUCUAGAGAAAAUUACUGCUCUCAAUAACCAAAUUAAAAAUAGAGAUGAUGACAUUAAUAAACUGCUGCAACGAACUGUGAGUCUAGAGGGAAAAUUGAAUGAAGAAAUCAUGAAGUAUGAAGCUUCUCAGGAUAAAUUUAUUUCCCAAUUUAAGGAUAGAGAUGUUUUUAUUGAUUUAUUACAAAAAGAGUUGAAUGAGAAAACCGGAAAGUGUCAAGUUUCCG